CGCGCUGCCGACGAGUUUGCGCCGAGCUUUGGACUUGACCGCGCGUUUGCGUUUCAAUUUCGAAAGCGAUUAUUUUUCUAUUUCUUGGCAGUGCAAAAAAUUCGCGCGCAAAUAGAAGGUGUCAAUUACUACAGAUUAUUACACGAACUUUUCGAAUUUCGAAAGUGGUAGCCAGAAAGAAGUUUCAAAUUUUUUGUGAGGCAGUGAAGGCGUAUUUACAACAGCCGAUUGGACACAAUGGCACUUUUCUGCUAGUAAUUCUGACCACGAGAAAAUGAGAGUGUGCGAGUGCGCUCGUUCUACAUCGCAACGAUGCAGCGUUGCCCCUACAUCCACGAGAUGAAGGAGCGGCUGCUCGGGGCACCAGUGGAGGGGUCAGAGCGCGACCUGCGCGCGGAGUCACCACGUGAACGGCCGCAGCACCUGACGACACACGCGCCGCUGGUGGACACACAGGUCGGCACCAUCGUCAAACUGAAUUCAGACGGGUACCACACGUCGCCGGCGCGCGCGCCGCUCGUCACGGACGAGUGCGAUGCGCCGGCCGACGAAACCGAUGCACUCACUCCCACACAGGCUGUACUACGAUACAGGGCCUGUUGUCAACCUGAUAUUAAGCCUAAAAAUGCCAAAACCUCGCUGUUCAUCAUUUCGAGUUUCAUCUACGCGAAGCUUUUAGUAGUGGUUUGCAUUGCUUACGUUAUCAGCGAUGUCAUCACCCACAACCUGCCCCUCUACUACUAUGAGGGCUUUUUCACCUACCUGUACGGCAUGAGCAUAUUGUUUUUAUUAUACGUCUUCUGCUUCUUGCUUCAAGAGAGCGCAUGCUGCAGUGGCAGCCCUCCAAAACCGAAGCCUCCACCAAAGGAAAAGAAACCGAAAAAGGAAAAAGAAAAGAAAACCAAAGACAAAGAAGUAAAAGAAGGCAAAGAUGGCAAGGAAGGUAAAGAUGGAAAAGAAGGAAAAGACGGCAAGAAGGAUGGCAAGAAAGAAGGAAAGUCGAAAGAUAAAGAUAAGGAUAAGGACAAGGACAAGGAUGCUGGAAAAGAGAAGCCAACCAAAGAGGCUAAGAAACAAAGCCAAUUCCAGGAGGUGUAUCCCCGUAAGAUGCGCGAUAAAGUUCGUCAACAGCAAUUGCAAAUACAAAUGGCGCAAUUGUAUGCGUCCGAACAGCAACAAGAUGUGGUGGAGAUUGAAUCGGCUCCUGUGGCAAGGCCUGUUCGCAGACGCAAAACUUCGCAGAACGAUCACAGUCAUGGAAGCUUCUUUUUGAGAAUUGGUGCUAUUGCAUUUGGUCUCGGUACCAUGAUCUACAAUGGUUUGGAAUUCGGUACCUUUUUUGAGCUGCCCCUGACUUCUCCAUGCUAUCUUAUCUUGAAAGGCGUCAACCCGGUAUUGCAGAUGGUUUUCACCUUUAUGCAAAUGUAUUUCAUCUUCAUGAAUUCUAGAUUGAACAUUCACAGAUUCAAAGUCAUUGCGCGUUUUGGCCUGAUGCACGUGGUGGCUACCAACAUCUGCGUUUGGAUUAGGACACUCGUACUUGAGUCGCUGAAGGAAAUUACUGAUUACCACGUGAAACAUCCUUUAGGUAUUGCAAACGAGAGCGUGCUUGGAAAAGUAAUUCGUAAACACACCUUGAGGAAUUCGGGAAAAGUAUUCGGGGCUGCUACCACAGCUGCUACAACUGUUGCGGCAACUGCAGUCACUUCUGCCAAGAAUGCCGGUCAGCAGCUAUUCCAUAUCAUAACUACCACUGACUCAGUCCCUACUACAACUCCUACUACAACGACCACUCCUUCACCGUAUUAUAAUAUGGGUGGUGGUGGUGGUUUUGUUCCUAAGUCGAAACUGAUUUCUUCUAUAAAAAGUACCAUAGGAUAUGAGAACGGUAUGGGAUACGGUCGUGAAUUCAAAGAUGCGUGGCCAAACGAUAACCCUUUUACUACUACUUCCACUGUUUCACCACUUACACCAGCUGACAAAGUAACACAAACUCAAACCGCCAUGUUGGAAGUAUUUAACUGGCUUUAUUCUUCGACUUUGAAACCGAUUGUAAGCACCAUGUCAACUGUGGUGCCCAUUACGACUACUGGAUCAUUCGUAACUGACAGAGAUGAAUGGGGCAAUAGUGUAGAAACAUAUCGUGUAGAUGAACCACCACAUUCACCAGCCAAUAACUCUACGGAAAUUUUCGAGUCAUUCGAUAGCCUCAGCCCGGCUGCCCUGAUCUCCGCUGUUGAUAAUUCUACAGUUUGCGGAAGGAACCCAAUUAUGGGAACUAUCGUCGCUGACGCUGCACCGUAUCUUUAUCCGUUCAUCAUCGAGUACUCUCUUAUCGGCGCCGCUGUCAUCUACGUCAUGUGGAAGCAUAUUGGUCGCUACCCGAGCGUGGCCAACGACGAAGAUCUGGAAAGACGUCUGGAGGCUGUUCUCUCCCGCAGGGCGGCAGCACUCGCAGCAGCACAGCGCGGCAACCGCGUGGACUGUGCUGGAGCUUCCAAGGGACUCUUCUGUGGACUACUUGUGCUCGUCGCCUCACUAAUCUGCCUGAUCCUAUUCUUCGUGCUAAUAAGACACCAGGAAUUGAAGCGCCUGUCGUUUUAUUUGGCCGAUGUUUCCCACUGCGCUCUGAUGAUUCUGUCUAUUCUGGCGAUUCUGAUUGGAUUUAUACGUGGUCGAGUAAUGAAAUGGAGUUACGACCCCUCCCCCUACGCCGAACCUCUUCGCAGGGUGCGAUCUCUCAAGUUCCGCUCUGAAGAACAAUCUGACCUGAACGAUAUUCUGCUGCGCGUCUCCGCAUUUGGCCUGUUUAUCUACGCCGUAUUCAGCGUCAUCGCUGGUGGAAUGGGUGCCUUCACUCAUGAGCCAAACUUGCUGGUCAUGAUCACCGGAUGCUUGAGCGUACUUCAGGUCGUUCUUCAGCUGCUUUUUAUUGCCGACGUAUCUCGGCGCCGCGUUCACCUUCCGGAGCAAGAGCGUAGCAAGCCAGCUCGUCAAGCUGUUACAUUCUUGCUCAUCUGCAACGUCACCAUGUGGCUCAUCUACACUUUCGAGGCACAAAAAGUUCUUGCCAAUCCGGUACAACUGGACUUCUACGGUUUCGUCGCUUGGUCGCUCGUUCAGCGAUUCACUCUUCCACUUUGCAUUUUCCAUCGCUUCCACUCAGCUGUAACUCUUGCUGAGAUAUGGAAGACCAGCUACAAAGCUCGUCUAGAAUGAAUGCCUCCGGGCUACAGGGAAAAUUGAAAACUUCACAUCCAGUUGUCGAAAUUGUCUGGUUUUAACCAGAAAAAAAAUUACUUAUUUCGUCCUAAUCCGGGACAGCAACUUUAUAGUUAGAUGGAAUAAAUUUGUUGCAAUCUUAAAAAUCGUCUCGCUAACUUAUAGUAGGUAUACUAGGCUAUGUGCGAUGAAUUUAGAGCGAAGCUGAAGGGAGUAGAACUAAGAUGCUGCAUUGCUCUCCCGGAAAUGUAGCUGACAUUAUAUUAAGACGUAUCUGGACAUGAAAUCUUGCAAAGCGUUGCAUAGUUAUGUUGGUUAUUAUUUUCUGCAAUUGUUACACACAACCUAAUGUCGUUUCUUUCACAUUCCAUACUAUUACAGUUCUAUUAUAAAAUUAGGUUUCUUGGAAGACUGACUGUGGAGACUUUAACGCGACCAAACUAUUCAGCUCAUUUCUUUGAUGCGUAAACUAUAUUUGCUCAGAAUUCGAACUUCUUUACUUGAUUAUUUAUUAUUCAAUGAAAACGAUGAGAGAAUUAUAAUUAAAAUAAUUAUCAUUUGAACGAAUCAUGGAUAAUAUACAUCCCAUUCGAUCCCAGUUGUGAAACGUUCCCUCCUUUGUUAGAAAUAAUUUGUGUGCCAUGGUUUUAGACAUAAGGCUUAAUUAAAUUUGACAAUAUUUGACAUUUCUGUAUUCGUUAUUUUAUAUCUGAAAGAAGUAGAAUAUCGUUUUUCUGCGGUUGGUUGAUGUCAAGUAAUUUUGCUGAACGUCGGAUGAAAAAGGAAUGUCUGUAUUACUUAUUACGAAUUAUUUUAACCGUGUAUUACCUACGUCAUUAACGCUCCUAACAUUUUUAGAGAUAAUUAUUAAAGUAAUCGGUAUAUUAAAGUUUCAGAAGAUUUAUUAGCCAACAUAAUAUUUGAAGUAAGCAAGUAAGCAAGUAGAAUUAUAUUGGACGUUUAAACAUACGGAUAUACUUAGUGGUAAGGGUAGUUAACGUGUCGAAGAAAUUACAUCUAAAACGUACUUAAAUUUAGAAGAUACACAAGUAGGUGAUGUGUUGUGGUUAACUGCUUGAUACGAGUGAUUUUGUAGGCAUUUUGUUUGAGCGGGACAUUAUUUGCAAGGGGCCAGAGUGCAAUGAAUGCCACCAAUAUACAAAUGCAAUUCUUGUACAAAUAUCUUGAUCCCUUAUUUACUUUACUCGUGCGCACUUACCUUCAAGUAUAUAUUAGACAUUAUAGAGUACGUAUUCUACUUUUUAAUAAUUGAUCAAUAGCGAUUAUUACCUAAUUAACACUUGUAAAAUGUUCUCUAUUCCUCUUCCUAUAACAAUACGUCUCGUGUGCAACACCAUUUGUUUCUUUGCAUUGAACAUUGCAAAUAUUUUCGUAUCAAUGUUUUACGUGCAAUCUAUUUUUAUAUAAGCUGAAUAAUAAUAUUUACAUGAUUGAAGUUACAGACGCGUUAUGGACACGUGAUAUCAUUUCGAUGUUAUAGAUUUUGUAUAAAAUAGCUGAUAUUCAAUUAUUUAUAGUAUAUUUAUUAAUUUUGUAAAUUAACUCUUAAGAUAGAGACGUAAUUCGGUUGCAUCGCAUGCAGCAGCAAUCGAUGGUAAUGAAUGUGUGCUUACAACGUGAGAUUUUCGAGUGGUUGUAGUGAGUUUUUGACUGGUUUAAUAAUUUUAAUGUUUAAAUUAAAAAAGUAACUUAUUUAAAUACUUAGGAAGUAAACAACUGCCGCGGAACAGCAUCAGUCACCUUGGUUUUGCGACGCCAUCUGGAGACCGCGCCAGUCUACUUCGAUUGGCCAUUGUUGUAACACCUCUAUUACGCAUGGGGGGUUAAAAAUGGAAGCACCUGCGUGUUUGGCUUGUUUUAUCACUGCCGAUAUUUUUAACAACAGUAAUUUGAUAGUAAGUCCUUUGAUAAAAACCUUUACUAUUUCUAACUUGUUCAAUUUUGUAGGUGAUAUUUACUGUGUACCUAAAUGUUUGGAACAAAAUGUACCGAUGUUUGUAUCUUUAGGUUAAUACUUAUCAUACCUAUGUGGAUACUCAAUCAGUGUUAAUACCAAAAAUUAAAAUUUGGAAAUUCUACUAUAAAGUAUAUAUAAUUA